GCAAGGCAAAGGAAGGCGAGGAGGGGUAGCGGCUUUCUCUUUGUCUGAGGGAUAUCGUGGAAAGAGAGAGAGGAGGGGCUCGCUCGCUCGCUCGCGCUCGCUCGCUUUGGCUUGGUUGUAGGCUGUGCUGCUUGCUGCCCGUGGUGGACUCGCUAUCUAUCUAUCUAUCCUGUCCUUUGCUGCUGCUUUCUGCUGCUUCUGCUGGUGCUGCUGCAUCUUUAAUUUUCGCUCGCGGUGGGUGGUGGAGUUUCUCUUUUCGAGUCUCGGGCCGAGGCGGAGGAAGGCGUUUGUUUGUUUGGGAUUUGUUUGUGAGGAGGAGGAGGCGAGGUGAGGGAGGUGAGGUGAGGCGUGCAGAGGAGCAGGAGGGAGGGAGGGGAGGAAGGAAAGGAAGGAAGGAGGAGGAGGGAGGCGAGUGGUGGUCGGGGUCGGGGUCGGUCGGUCGCUCUGUCUGUCGCUAUACAACUCUGGUCCGUCUGAGGCGUUUGUCUGUCUGGUGGUGGUGGUGGAGGAGGGAGGAGGAGGAGGAGAGAGUGUGCUCGGCUGCGCCGUGAUUUGUAUUUGGCUCUCGCCAGGGCUCGGCUCGCCCGUGGAGGAGUGGGAGUGGUGGUGCCUCUAUCCUUGGCCCCGUCGCGAUUCAGGGUCUCUUUUGCAGUGGCUGGCCUCGGCUCUCGAACUCUGCAGCAGCAGCAGGCAGCAGCCCCGCAGCGUCGAGACGAGGAGCUUGGUUGCUCGCGCGCCUCCCUUUCUGUGAGUUCCGGCGAGGAGAGAGCAGCAGCGCGGAGGAGGAGGAGGAGGAGGAGGCGGAGGGCGCGAGUUGUGUUGGAUCGGGGCGCAGACGGUGGCCAUCGACGGCAUGGUGCUGCCCCUCGGUUCAGCGAACGAGUUGUCUUUGAUGUUGUUCUGAAGUCGGACGCAGGCCUGACGCGCCUACAUCUUUGAAGGGCGUCGAUGGUUGGGCAGUGAAUCCGGGCCUUGCGAGCAGAGAUUGGGACGAGGGAAGGAAAAAAAGGGGAAGAAGAGGCUUCAAGGUCGAAGAAAACGAGGGCGCGGAACACGCCGAGAGGGUGCGGAGGUGCUGGAUUUUUAGUGUCGCCUGUCAUUCUCGAACGCUGGUGUUUUUUUUUGCCGUGCACGGGGCGCUACUGCCGCUCUUGGUUCCUGGAGUCUAUCUCUGCAAGCAAGGUCUAAAAAUCCCUAAAAAUUAAAAAAUCCAAAAGUAAGACCUACACUAUAUCUGUUACGGGCGAGGAAGGUUUCUGGCAAGGUUUUCUCUCUUCUUGCCUCUAUAAACUGUGGAAAACUCUGUACAUCGUCAGAUCGGAGGUUUGAGUGUAUCAGAGACAGAAAGUGUUGAAAGGCUUCCAGAAGUGGAAGAUAUGGCUACAGUUCAGGCGCAGACUCAGCAGCAGGCAGCACAGCAGGCAGCAGGCGCUGCCCCUUCUCAGUUUGUGUCUACCUCUCUCUACGUUGGAGAUUUGGAUCCCAAUGUUUCGGAGGCUCAGCUGUACGAGAUUUUCAGUCAGGUUGGACCGGUGGUCUCAAUUCGCGUUUGUCGGGAUUUGAUCACCAGGCGCUCUCUCGGUUACGCGUAUGUGAACUACAACAGCGCACAAGAUGCUACCCGUGCUCUGGAGUUGCUUAACUUUACUCCCGUUAACGGGAAACCCAUUCGGAUCAUGUUCUCACACCGUGAUCCAAGUGGACGGAAAAGUGGAACUGCAAACAUAUUUAUCAAGAACUUGGAUAAGACUAUCGACAACAAGGCCCUUUUCGACACCUUUUCGGCCUUCGGCUCCAUUCUUUCUUGUAAGGUCGCCACCGACAGCUCUGGCCUGUCCAAGGGUUAUGGAUUUGUGCAGUUCGAGCAGGAGGAAGCGGCAUCGAGUGCGAUUGAGAAGGUCAAUGGCAUGCUUUUGAACGACAAACAAGUCUUUGUGGGGCCGUUCGUUCGUCGUCAGGAAAGAGACCAGACGAGUGGUGCAUCCAAAUUCAAUAAUGUAUACGUGAAGAACAUCGCGGAGGAUACAUCUGACGAGGACCUGAGGAAGAUAUUUGGUGAAUUUGGAACAAUUAGCAGUGCAGUGGUUAUGAGAGAUGGAGAGGGAAAGUCAAAGUGCUUCGGUUUUGUUAAUUUUGAGCAUGCUGACCACGCCGCCAAGGCUGUCGAAGCUUUGAACGGUAAAAAGAUACAAGAGAAGGAGUGGUAUGUGGGUAGAGCCCAGAAGAAGUCUGAAAGGGAGGCGGAAUUGCGGGCCAAGUUUGAACAGGAAAGGAAAGAGAGGAUUGAAAAAUACCAAGGAGUGAAUUUGUAUCUUAAGAAUCUGGAUGACACUAUCGAUGAUGAGAAGCUCAGGGAGCUAUUCAACGAGUUUGGUACCAUUACCUCCUGCAAGGUUAUGCGAGAUCCUCAAGGUCUCAGCAGAGGCUCAGGAUUCGUGGCAUUUUCUCAGCCCGAGGAAGCCAAUCGUGCGGUCGCAGAGAUGAAUGGAAGAAUGGUUGGAAGUAAACCACUGUAUGUCGCUCUGGCUCAACGCAAGGAAGAACGCAGGGCCCGGUUGCAGGGGCAUGGGAUUAGGGCUGCCAAGGAAUUAGGCACCCCUGCAACAUCAGAGGCACAGUUUGCGCAAAUGCGAACGCCUGUGGGCGUUGGCCCAGCUGUCCCUACAAGUCUGCCUAUGUACCAUCCUGGAGCUCCAGGUAUUGGUCAGCAGAUCUUCUAUGGACAGCCACCACCCGGCCUGAUCCCGCCUCAGCCUGCCGGCUUCGGUUAUCAGCAGCAAAUGCUUGCUGGAAUCAGACCCGGGGGUCAGAUUCCGAACUACUUUGUGCCUGUCGUGCCAAGGCAGGGACAACAAGGUGGACAGCGUGGUGGAGGUAGACGGGGUGGUGGUGCCCCACAACAGCAGCAACAGCAGCAGCAGCAGCCUCAGCAGCAGAUGCUGCCACGUGGAGGAAACCGUGGGUUUCGGUACACUCCCAACGCGAGGAACACACCUGAUGCGACAGUGCCUCCUAUUAUGGGUGCAAUGCUUCCUGUUCCUUUGGAAAUGGGCGGUGUACCUGUUGCUACUGCAGAUGCUGGUGUCCCUCAGCCACUUCCCAUCAGUGCCCUGGCCUCCGCUUUGGCAUCAGCGCCGCCUGAACAGCAGCGUGCGAUGUUGGGUGAGCAGUUAUACCCAUUGGUUGAUGCGCUGGAGCACGAUCAUGCCGGCAAGGUUACAGGCAUGCUUCUCGAAAUGGACCAGACAGAAGUUUUGCAUCUUAUUGAGUCUCCAGAGGCAUUGAAGGCAAAGGUGGCCGAAGCUAUGGAGGUCUUGCGAAUGGCACAGCAGGCAGCAAGUACCCCAGCUGAUCAGCUCGCCAACCUCACUUUGAAUGAAGUGGCUGCCUAGAGAGCAUUGGCCAUGUAGAGUACAGUAUCUUUUAUGUACUCUUUUUGGGAUUGGGGGUACCAUGAUGCUUCCGGAAGCUCUCUCUUUUUUUGGAGCUUAACAACUCUCGAGUUUCUAAUGUCUCUUCUGAAGGAUUUAUCAGUAAUCUACUUUCCUCGGCAUUCUUAUGUGGCAUUGCUGUCUCCCACCAUCUCCAUCAGGUGGUGAAGCCAUUUUUUCGUGGGCUAUAGAGGCAGCUGAGUUUACGUCCUAGGCUUUUAAUCUCCAGUUAUAAAUGGAAGGUGUGGAAGCUAUUGGGAUAAUUCAAUCUUCAUUAGCUGGGGCUAAGAUACUUCUUCAAUCUGCUCUUUUCCUCUGCUUUUGGUCCAGUUUUCAACACUUCUUUUCCUUGCUCCUCUUUUUAACUAGUCAAUUCUGCAACUUUAGAGUACGCGAUUACCGAGUCAGGGUGGUUCAAGUUUGGCUCUAGACCCAAUGACGAUUUCAGUUGGUUUCCUUUUGGUAGUAGGUGGUCUAUCGUGAGUGGUCGAUUAUGGAGCUGGUCAGUGGUUUAUCAGUUUGGAGCUCCACUGGUCAGGCUCUAUUUAUGUGUUUGGAGACUGAAUGGUUCUUACAAGACGUCUUUGAGCUGGUGGUAGUAGAAGUUACGAGUUUGAUGUUAGAUUAUGGCGAUCAGCAGCAGUGGCGAGCUAUUCUUUAAGCUCCUCUGCUCAAGUCCCAUGUAGGUUAGCAGUCCUUCAAACCAAUUGGAACUGCGUAUAGAGCUGGAUACAUAGAUUCAG